AAGUGAAGGUGCCAGCUUUGGAACUAGUUCAGAGAAGAUGGGAAAGAAAAAAGGCUGGAAAAUAAAAGGGCCAGCAGGACUGACUCUCUGAAUCAAUCUCUCUCUCUCUCUCUCUCUCUCUCUCUCUCUCUCUCUCUCUCUCUCUCUCCACUCUCCCUCUCCUUCUCUCCCUCCCUCUGUCUUUGCCCCACUGUCUGAGAAGAACUUAUGUGGCUAAGAUGCGGGGGCCCUCGGGUGUCAAAACUUUGAAGAUUAAUGGAUUACUUUGUUAAUGACUCCAGGCGUCAGAUUGAUUUGUGAGAAGAGGGAACUUUUUCUCCGAGGGGGCUCCGAGGAGAAGGCCAUGAAUUACGAAUUUGAGCGAGAGACUGGCUUUAUCAAUAGUCAGCCGUCGCUCGCUGAGUGCCUGACAUCUUUUCCCCCUGUCGGUGAUACAUUUCAAAGUUCAUCAAUCAAGAGCUCGUCGCUUUCACAGUCGACACUGAUUCCUCCUCCUUUUGAGCAGACCAUCCCCAGCCUGAACCCGGGCAGCCACCCCCGCCACGGCAGCGGCGGCGGCCGGCCCAAGUCGAGCCCUGAUGGCAGCAGCGGCGGCGGUGGCAGCCCGGUGCCCGCCGGCGCCCUGCAGCCCCCGGAGUACCCCUGGAUGAAAGAGAAAAAAGCUUCCAAGAAAACAGCGCUGCCUCCUGCCUCCUCGGCCUCCGCCUCGGCCACUGGACAUGCCUGCUUGAACCACAAAGAAUCCCUGGAAAUCGCAGAUAACGGCAGCGGGGGCUCCAGGCGCCUGAGAACUGCAUACACCAAUACCCAGCUCUUGGAGCUAGAAAAAGAAUUUCAUUUCAACAAGUAUCUCUGUAGACCUCGGAGGGUGGAGAUCGCAGCCCUGCUGGAUUUGACUGAGAGACAAGUGAAAGUGUGGUUCCAGAAUCGGCGGAUGAAACACAAGAGGCAGACCCAGUGCAAGGAAAACCAAAACGGCGAGGGGAAAUACAGGAGCCUGGAGGACCCCGAGAAAGCCGAGGACGAAGAGGAGAAAUCACUCUUUGAGCAAGCGCUCAACGUCUCAGGGGCCCUUCUGGAGAGGGAAGGGUACACUUUUCAGCAAAACGCCCUGUCCCAGCAGCAGGCGCCCAACGCGCACAAUGGCGACUCCCAAAGUUUCCCAGUUUCGCCUUUAACCAGCAAUGAGAAAAAUCUGAAACAUUUUCAGCACCAGUCACCCACUGUUCAGAACUGCUUGUCAACAAUGGGCCUGAACAAUGACAGUCCAGAGGCCUUGGAUGUUCCUUCUUUACAAGACUUCACCGUUUUCUCCACAGAUUCCUGCCUCCAGCUUUCAGAGGCCGUAUCGCCCAGUUUACCAGGCUCCCUCGAUAGCCCCGUAGACAUCUCAGCUGACAGCUUUGACUUUUUUACAGACACACUCACUACAAUUGACUUGCAGCAUCUGAAUUACUAAACACAUUAAAAAAAAAAGCAAAACAAAAAUCCCUUUGGGGGGUUGCCUUCUCUUUUCCCUGGAGUUGAUUUAAAAAAAAAUUUCCUUCUCUCCUACCCUUUUUUCCCUCCCCCCAAACUGGCCAGGGUUUUCUGUUUAGUAACUCCCCUGACCGAGUUCCAGAGCCAUCUUUGCAGGUUAUAAUGAAGUUAUAGUUGUUUUGGAUUUAACCCAAAUACCCUCUAGGUGAUUCCUUGAAAGCAAUAUAUGAGGCCUGUAAGAAAGUGACCAUAUAAUUUUAUUGUCACUUUCUUUUUAUUUUUGUAUUACAUUAGAAUGCAUUGUCAUAAGUAUUUUUGGUAGAAUAAAUUCUCCUUUGCUACAAGUAAUUUUCUUAUCCCCCUUCCCCCACCAAGAUUCAUAACGGUUCCUUUCCCUCCUUUUAGUCUAACUUGGUAAAUAAAAUUCUGCUCACAAUC